AUGAGGGAGAUCCUUCAUAUCCAGGGGGGCCAAUGCGGGAACCAGAUCGGGGCCAAGUUCUGGGAGGUGAUCUGCGACGAGCACGGGAUCGAUCCCACCGGCAAGUACUCCGGCGACUCCGAGCUGCAGGUGGAUCGGAUCAAUGUGUACUACAAUGAGGCCAGCGGGGGUAGGUACGUCCCCCGGGCGGUGCUCAUGGAUCUGGAGCCGGGAACCAUGGACUCCGUCCGAUCGGGGCCUUUCGGCCAGAUCUUCAGGCCGGACAACUACGUCUUCGGCCAGUCCGGCGCCGGCAACAACUGGGCCAAGGGGCACUACACGGAGGGGGCUGAGUUGAUCGAUUCUGUUCUCGAUGUUGUGCGCAAGGAGGCCGAGAACUGCGACUGCCUUCAAGGUAAAAAUUUAUCUGAAUCCGCGAAUGCCUGGUUCCCCCGAAUCCUCCUAUCUCUGCUUCCUCCUUCCGAGUCGUUUUACAUUCGGAAAUCCAGCAAUCGCCAUCAGACGUUCCGGCAUUUUCGGAGUACGCUUGAAUCUUCCCUCGCCCCAACCCAAUUUUUCUUUUACCGUACCUUGGAUUCUUCUGUAAGUAAAUAAGAAUCUCCGUCGAAUUCUCUAAGAUCUCAUUUCUUCUGCCUGUGCUUCCGAGCCCUAUCGUCCAAGAAAUAAAUGAAAUGUACUUUCUCAUACCAGCACACGUCAGUCGUUGCUGUUGAGGACUUAGAACAACGUUUUCACUGAGGAUUUUUAGCGUUCGAUAAAUUAUGUUUCUAAAUGCGUGAAUCUCCGCCAGAAAAAAAGGACGGGACUGCAGGAAUUUUUGAGUUUUUCUUGCAUGAUCAUCCUCUUUCAGUCGUCCUUGCUGCUGGAUCUGUUAGGUCCAACGAAGGCGAGCAUGUUACCAUUUUUUUUUUUUUCUCUAUUAGAUACAAUCAGGUCAACUUUGACUGAAUUUUGGACUGCGGAUUACACAAUAUGAUAUCUUAGCUCCAAGAUCCGUUCUCUUCUCGAGCUCUUCGUCAAGAUCCCAAGUUCAGGACUAAUAAAUUACUUGUGAGGCGCCAAGUUCCAUCUCUGGGACUUUGAUCUGAAGCUAUCUUCUUGACAGUCUUUAGAAAAAAAAAGGUUGAAGUGGGUUUGUCUGCCCACAGUUCAGUGCAACAUCUUUUAUACGAUCAUUAGUUAUUGUUUACAAGUCAUUCAUUCAACGUCCCACUUCUUCCACAUAUCUUGCCUUUCCAAUUUUCCUCUUAUUAUUUCUUGUUCUGUAAAUCUUGCACACAGCAUGCACUAUUACUUUCUCAUAUCUUGUCCUCCCAGGAAUGAUCUGCUUAUCCAUGCGUUUUGAUUGAAGUCACUUCUGUGUAGAGCCGUCCUCAAGAUUCAUCUUCACCAUAAAAAAUGAAGUUACUUGCAAUGUUUUUUUUUAUAAAUAUAUGAAAUGUUCUAAACUAUCAGCUUACUGUUAAUCCCUGACAUGAAUUUUUACAUGGUUUUAUUUUUUAAUUCUUUAACCCCUUUUACAGAAAAAGGGUUUCAUUGACACCCUUUUAUAUACAUAUAUAUAUGCAUUUACUUAUUUAUUUUUAUUCAAAUAAUAUGUUUUCUCGUAACCCUAUAUCUCAGCUUCACGAUAAGUCACAGAUGAUCUCAGGCGUCAGAGAUCAAAGUCUGAGAUUCAUCCUUAUUUUUCUCGGAGGUUAUUAUUACCAGCCAGGAACAUAUUAUUUCCAAAUUUAAGUAUAAAUCGACUCCACAUAAUAUUUUUUAGUUAAUUAUCUUCCCUGUGUGUCCAGGAUUCCAGGUUUGCCAUUCCCUGGGAGGAGGAACCGGGUCAGGAAUGGGAACCCUGCUGAUCUCGAAGAUCAGGGAGGAGUACCCAGACCGGAUGAUGCUGACAUUCUCAGUCUUCCCUUCCCCCAAGGUCUCUGACACUGUUGUGGAGCCCUACAACGCCACUCUCUCAGUUCACCAGCUCGUGGAGAACGCCGAUGAAUGUGUGGUCCUUGACAACGAAGCUCUCUACGACAUCUGCUUCCGCACCCUCAAGCUUGCCACGCCCACCUGUGAGUCCAUCAUUCCUUCUUCCCUCUGGUUCCUCUCUCCUUUUACUGGGUCAUACCGUUGACUUUUCAUCAGUCAUCUCUAAGCAAUCAACAGUUGACUUUUGUCGUCCUGAAACCAUUGGGUUCGUCGUUAUUAGUAAUGUUAUACUACCUAUGUGUACCAUUGGGUUCAUCGUCUUUUGAUCAUCAUUAUUUAAACCCCCGCCAGAAUACAUGGUCAACGCAUAGAUAUAUUGAUAUAUGAUCUUAGAGUUUUCUCCCAAGAUGUGCGAAUUCUUUCCUUUUUUGGGAUUGACAUCUUCCCUGAAAUCCAGUUGGCGACCUGAACCACCUCAUCUCGGCCACCAUGAGCGGCAUCACCUGCUGCUUGCGCUUCCCCGGGCAACUCAACUCGGACCUGAGGAAGCUCGCCGUGAACCUGAUUCCCUUCCCCCGGCUGCACUUCUUCAUGGUGGGCUUUGCCCCGUUGACCUCCAGGGGAUCCCAGCAGUACCGGGCGUUGACUGUGCCGGAGCUGACCCAGCAGAUGUGGGACGCCAAGAACAUGAUGUGCGCCGCCGACCCCCGCCACGGCCGCUACCUCACCGCCUCUGCCAUGUUCAGGGGCCAGAUGAGCACCAAGGAGGUGGACGAGCAGAUGAUCAACGUGCAGAACAAGAAUUCCUCCUACUUUGUGGAAUGGAUCCCCAACAAUGUCAAAUCCAGUGUCUGUGACAUCCCACCCAGGGGCCUGAAGAUGGCGGCGACCUUCAUCGGCAACUCCACCUCCAUCCAGGAGAUGUUCCGGCGGGUCAGCGAGCAGUUCACCGCCAUGUACCGCCGCAAGGCCUUCCUCCACUGGUACACCAGCGAGGGCAUGGACGAGAUGGAGUUCACCGAGGCAGAGAGCAACAUGAACGACCUCGUCGCCGAGUACCAGCAGUACCAGGACGCCACCGCCGACGAAGAGUAUGAGGAAGAAGAAGAGGAGGAUGUGGUGGAAGCCUGA